AUGUCGCUAUCUUGGCCGUAUAGAGAACAUUCCCAUACACCGUAUUGGGGAGAGAUAAAUGCUCAAGCAAAGUACGAUUAUAUUCUUACGCCAUACAUCGCCGAAGUUAUCAAUACCCUCACGAAUAUCACUUAUCUUAUCUAUGCCUUCCAUGGCAUAAGAAACAACGCCAAUAGAAAAGAUGCAGAACUGCGCAAUCUACCCUACUUGGGGAUUGCAGCAGUUGGAUUUGGGUCGGCGAUUUUCCACGCCACCAUGAAAAACUAUACACAAUGGUGUGACGAUCUUUCCAUGCUCGUCGCAGUAGCGACUGUAGUUCACCGCGUCUUCACAUAUGAUAUAUCACUCACUAGAACUGCUGUGACAGGAACUGUUAUUGCAGGCGUGAUGACUGCAUUUAGCGCAUGGCAUUGUAUUACUGAUGAGCUUACCAUGCAUUCUGUGUUGUUCGCUGUCAUGAUAGUCAUCGUUGGUCUCAAAACCCGUGCCAUCAUCUCAGUCAGGGUUGAAGAUCCGGCAGUCGCCAAGGAAGUAAGGAAACUCGCCAUAUGGGGCGGUGUCAUCUUUAUUUCCGGCUUCGGAAUCUGGAACAUCGACAACGCCAUUUGCUCGUCUCUGACUACUUGGAAACGCAGCAUUGGAAUGCCGUGGUCUUUUGUGCUUGAGCUGCACGGGUGGUGGCAUAUCUUCACAGGCGUUGGUGCUUAUAUCUUCAUCGCCCUCGUCGAGUACCUCACGUCUCAAGAAGCUGGUCAACCACUUGGCGGUAAAUUCGCUUGGCCUGUGAAUCUGAUAAUUGAUGGUGAGGCUGGCGACACGAAAAUGGCCAAUGAGAAUGGUGAAAUAAAGUUCAAUGGACAGACUGGCCUAAAUGGUAUCAAGAGCUCAUGA